AUGUCAGAACAAGAGUUUGAGAUCUUUGCGGAAAGAGAUGAGUCACCCCAGAGGUGGAUGCGCUUGGAUUUGCAGAAGUCGCAUUAUUUUGUCCUCGUUCAGACCCGACUCCAUUUUAUUAGAGCCUAUAUCGUGAUUGAGGCUAACAAAUACGGGUCAAUUAGAGAUUGCAAAGACUGGCCAAUUAGCGAUUUCCUCGCUGAUGACAAGCAUCUCUUCCUUGUCUUCGUUAGGAAGGACCUUAGAGAUAUCGCGGCUGUAGAGUUUAUCAGACACACUAUCCAGUGCACCAGCUUCCCCCCUUGGGAAGAUGCCGGUAGCGAUUUGAAGUCCAACAUCAUCGAAGCGACGCCUAAACAGGCAGAAGAGAUCGCGAGCCAUCCCGAUAUUGUACGAAUAACGCCAAUCGAAGAAACAGUCUUAGAAGACGACACAGACUGCGAGAAAGUACCUGAGGAUGAUUCAAACAAAACGAUUUACGCCGUUCGUCCAACAAAUCGCAGAGACAGAGAUCAGUGCCUAGCCAUCCAUGCUUCACUAAAAGACAUCUUCCAAGAUGAAUUGCAACCCCAGGAACUUGGACCUUAUGGAGUCAGCCACUGGAAAAUCAAUACAACAAGUGACCAGGUGCCGCUUGCGGCAAAGAUCGAGGGCGUCAAGUAUGUAAUGCCUCUGGAACAGUAUGUUCUCAGAAAGUCAGAAACAUCUGUAUCGAGGAAGCGAAGGAUCAUAAAGCCAAUGCAAACCGACAAUCAAGAGCAGUGUAAAGCCACAGACGCUGCUCUUAGGAACGUCUUUGGGGGCAACUUGGUCCGUAAAUUACUGCACGAUGGCGGGAUCUGUCACUGGACGGCAAUGCUGUCUUCGCAAGAAGCUAGACGGGCUACAGCCGUUGAGGGAGUGUCUUCAGUUCGCACAGCCAUGUUAGGGAGGAUAAGUCUUGGUCCUGGGCCACAUCCGUCGAACGUAUGUAACCACAAGUGA